AUGGGAAAUUCUUCAUGCUGUUUGCGAAAUAGGUCAACGAGCGGCGAUGAUAAGUCAUGCAGUCAUGAAGGCCAUUACAUGCGAACGAAUCAAGUCGAAUUUCAAUACGUGAAUCAAGUGUUCCCGCGCGACGAGACCUCUACAAAUUUUUUGCCGCACAUCAGCGAAAGGGAGCAAGCCGAGGAUUAUGAGCAGGACCCGUCAACUCAUCCCACAGCUCGUCCAACUUUUAUGGAGCGGAGCAAGAGCGAGAUGAAGCUCAAAGACAAUCGACGCUCAUGUUAUAUGCUCGACGCUCUCGCCGCUGGUGGCCGACAUCCUGGAGUGCUUCCAAGAAGCUUAAGGAAGUCGAGUAGCUGCUCAACGAUCUACAUGGAUGAUUCGACAAUUAGUCAGCCGAAUUUGAAAAAUACGAUCAAGUGCAUUUCGCUGGCGAUUUAUUAUCAUAUUGCGAAUCGCAAGAAUCGAGGCCACGAGAGGUUGAUGGAGAUUUUCGAGGAACGAUUGCACCCGAUUACGAGGGAGCCGAUUAUACCGGAAAUGAUGACGCGAGAUCCGGACCAUAAAACGAUUUAUCGAUUCGUGCGCACACUUUUCCAUUCGGCGCAACUCACCGCAGAAUGCGCAAUUAUCACACUGGUAUAUAUUGAGCGACUUUUAAACUAUGCUGAAAUGGAUUUGUGCCCGUCGAAUUGGCGACGAGUCGUUCUCGGCUCCAUAAUGCUGGCGUCGAAGGUUUGGGACGAUCAAGCGGUGUGGAAUGUCGAUUAUUGUCAGAUUUUGAAAGAUACCAAUGUUGAUGAUAUGAAUGAAUUGGAGCGCCGCUUUUUGGAAUGUCUUGAUUUCAACAUCGAAGUGCCGUCGUCGGUCUACGCGAAAUAUUAUUUUGAUCUACGCACUCUUGCGCUUGCCAAUGAUCUUCAAUUACCGAUGCAGCCGCUUUAUAAAGAGCGAGCCAAAAGGCUUGAGGCGUCGAGUCGUGUAUACGAGGAUAAAAUCCAUUCGGUGGCGCCGAAACGAAGUUUCUCAGCGGAGCGCAUUUUCCGCGAGAAUAGAAUACCCGUUGUGCUUUCCUAA